CAUCAAGAGAGGAAAAAGAGAGAAAAGAGAGAAAUUAGAGGCAGCAAAAACGUGCCGGGAGAUUUUUCAAGAGUCGCGUUAUAAUAGAAGAGAGAGAGAGAGAGAGAGAGAGAGAGAGAGAGAGAGAGAGAGAGAGAGAGACAGGAGGAGAGAGAAAGCGAGAGGGAGAGGGAGAUAACAGCGUUUGUCCUUCUUGGACUCAGUUUUGUGACCGGCUGACGGGCUGAACGGGCGACGGACGAAGAAACUUGAGACAAUCACAGUGAGAUCCGACAUUCAGAGGGUGUCCAACCCUCCGUGGGAAACUGAAUGAGACGCAGCGCAAGAGGAGUGGGAAGAAAACCAGCAGAGAGAGGCUUGGUGAGAUAGAGGAAGAUAUUAGGCAGCGUGGAAAUAAAAGGGAGAAAGAGUGACUGACACCUGCCCUCCAGCUCAGUGUGAAGGACGCGGAAUGAGAGAGUGAGGAGGGGUAUGAAAAGAGGGAAGACAGAGGAGAGAAUGAAGACAACCGGAAAACAAGGCCUGCCUCACAGCAAACCUUGCUUAAAUUAGGACAUCUCACCCCAAGACAAGAUGAUUACAAGAAAUCUGCUCCUAUUGGUUUCCCUUUGCCUGUGGGAGGGGUUUGCGGGAGGUGCCUCGGCCAGUAAGAUUGUACGGAGGAGAGGAGUGGGUGGAUCACACACGCUGAAGCUAGGGGAGAGCAGAGCUGCGGACCAAUGGGAUGCAAGCUUGGAUGCGAAUGCAAUGCCUGUAGUGACUCUUAGAAACCUGAUUAGUCACGAGCAGGCGGGUGACACUGGAACUUUUUCUCAUUCCAAAUUAUUGCAGAAUCAUGCUGCUCCAUCAGUAGCUAACAAGGAGCGGCAAGCUUUCAAGCCCAAGCGUGAGGUUGACUCUGUCAAUAAAAAAGAAGUGACUUCGCACAUAUUCGCCAAUAACAAGGAGCUAAACUUGAAACUCAAGAACAACACCAAGAAUGCUGAGACUUCUACCAAAAUAGGAAAGUCGGAGAAGACAUUCACAAUCCACCACAAGCCAGAUCUACACGCCAAUAAAACCAGGAUUAAGUUAGGCUCUAGAUCCAGGAUCAGACCUGAUUUGAGUGUCCAUACAACAGGUGUGCCAGGAAAAGGUUUCAGCAUUGAUUCAAACCGAAAGCUGAACCUGACUGGCAGUUAUGGGGUUUUGAAGCUGCUGUCGAAAGAGAACCUAGUUAGGAUCGUCAAUUCCCAAAUGCAGAGCAUUCCCAGCCUGAGCUUUCCGAGCAAGGGCAGCCGGAGCAGGAAGAGAGAUUUGAUUGACGUUAAUCACAGACAGUUGGAGGCUCAGAAUGUGCAGAGACAAGAUAUGGCUGUCACUCAGCUUCACACUGGUUUUGAUAAUCAGACAGCAUUACCUUACUUAAGCCCAGUCACAACUCCACAUAUGAAUCGAGAUCAGGCAGCCAACACUCGUAUUAAUACACUAAGUGAAGUCAACCCAGCUUUAAGUAAAGGGCAGAGCAACUUGGGAAUGCAGGGUUCAGAUAGCGGCGAUAGCAAUAGCAAACACCUUGUCCGUUUACUUUCAACACCCCGCAGCGAGUUCAACCUCAGCCCCGAGAAAGAAGUAACAAUCAGCCAAACGGAACCACCAUUUACAUCGACAAAACAUCUCCCACUGUAUGUUUCCUCUGUAACAAAUGAUUCUCCGCCGUCUGUGCUGACAAUGCAACCCCUGGGAGUACGACCAGGGAUCGGAGCAGCAGAUUCCCACAGAGACUCGUUAACAGAGUCAGUUCACACAUCUCAAACAGAACUCAGCACAGCUCAGUACCCUGCAGAUGAAGACAAUAAACUUGUCAACAGUAGUCAUGUCCUGAGGCUCCAUCCAGCUCCUGAAUGGAGCCAUGAUACGAAAGACGUUGGUGUGCAAGCUGUCGAUCCAGAAAACUUGAAGGGCCUCGUAUUUGAGGAGGCAGAGGUGGAAGAGGAGGAGCGUGACCGCAUGGAAGGGCAGGGGCCCCGCUCCCGCAGCAGGAGGAGCUGGAUCUGGAACCAGUUUUUUGUGAUCGAAGAAUACGCCGGGCCUGAACCUGUGCUCAUCGGUCGGCUCCACACCGACAUGGACAGGAAUGAUGGACGCACUAAAUAUGUCCUGCGAGGCGAGGGGGCAGGUUCGGUGUUCGUAAUCGACGAGAAGACUGGCAACAUCCACGUCACCAAGCCACUGGACCGCGAGGAGAAGGACGAGUACCGCCUUGUCGCAACGGCCACCGACAGGCAGACGGACCGUGCCCUGGAGCCCUCGUCACAGUUCAUAAUUCGAGUGCAGGACAUCAACGACAACCCACCUAUCUUCGACGAAGGCCCCUACAUCGCCACCGUGCCUGAGAUGGCAAAUAUAGGCACGUCUAUAAUCCAGGUGACAGCGACAGAUGCUGAUGACCCAACCUAUGGGAACAGUGCCAAGCUAGUGUACACACUGGUGCAGGGCCAACAGCACUUCUCUGUCGAUCCCCAGACAGGUAUUCUGCGUACGGCUAUACCCGACAUGGACAGGGAGACCCAGGACCAGUACCUGGUUUUGCUUCAGGCCAAGGACAUGGGAGGCCACCUGGGCGGAUUAUCUGGGACCACCACCGUCACUGUCAGGCUCACUGACGUCAACGACAACCCUCCACGCUUCACCCAGAGUAUGUGGUCCUUCUCCGUUUCCGAGCUGGCCAUCCCGGGGGCUGAGAUCGGGCGAAUCUCGGCAGCCGACGCCGACCUCGGCGAGAACGCCAAGCUGGAGUAUACCAUCCUGGAGGGGGAGACCGGGGAGACGUUCAACAUCACCGGAUUGAACCAGGAGGCGGUCAUCACGCUCAACAAGGCGGUUGACUAUGAGAGCCGGAGCUCCUACUCCUUCUCUGUGGAGGUCCUCAACCCCAUAGUGGAUCCUCGCUUCUUGCGUCGAGGCCCCUUCAAGGACCGCGCCUCCAUCAGAGUAGCGGUGCUAGAUGCAGACGAGCCUCCGAGGUUCUCCCGAGCCCGAUACCACAUGGACGUAUCUGAAAACUGCCCGCCUGCCUGCACUGUGGGCCGGGUCAGCGCUGUAGACCCGGAUACUGGUCUUACCAAUAAUAUCAGGUUCUCCAUUGAUCCUCAGUCAGACCCAGAGGCUCUGUUUCGCAUCACCCCAGACACCGGCCUCAUCACCACAGCCAUGGAGCUGGACCGGGAACGCGACCAUUGGCACAACAUUACCAUCAUCGCCACCCAGAGAGACAAUCCCAGCCAGGUGUCAAGAGUUCUGGUUGCAAUAGAGACAUUAGACCUGAAUGACAAUGCACCCGAGCUGGACAGGCAAUACUCAACAGCCAUGUGCGACUCAUCCUCCAUCGGGCAGGUGGUGCAGGUGUUGCGGGCGAUUGAUAGAGAUGAGGGAGGGAAUGACAGCACUGUGUAUUUCAGCAUCCCUCCGGAGUCCAGCGCUGCCCUCAACUUCAGCGUCAGGGACAGUGGUGGCCCCACAGCGAGCCUGGUGCUGCUGUCCCAGCUUCAGCCGCUGUCCCGCUCCGCAUCCUCCACUCUGACGUUCCAUGUACCGCUGGUCCUGAGGGACGGGACGUCGGGCCUCACCAGCACCGGGACUGUCACCGUCUCUGUCUGUCCCUGCCUGAGAGGAGGGGCACGGGCCGGGGAGAAAGAGAAGGACCAACAGACCGAGGGCGAGUGGGACUGGGAAAGAGAGGCGGUAUGUCUCCCUCAGCAGUCCACACUACCUUCCCCUGGGCUCAGCACCGCCGCCUUGCUGGCUAUCCUGGCUUGUGUCGCCACGCUACUGGCGGUGAGUGCCCUGUCAUUGUCGCUGCGCCGUCAGAAGCGUGACUCCCUGUCACCGCUCGAAGAGGACGACGUACGUGAGAACAUCAUAACGUAUGAUGACGAGGGCGGGGGCGAGGCCGACACGGCUGCCUUUGACAUUGCCGCACUCCAGAGCGCCCCGCACAGCUCGCGCUCACGUGGCUAUCGCACACUGGACAGCAGGAAUGUACGUUACGCCCAUCACAACCAAGAAAAAGCUCGUACUUAUAGCUGGGCUCAGAAUCCGGCCGUAGAUCACAAUUACUCAGGACCAGGAGGACCUCUCUAUGGUCGCCUAUGUUACAGCAGCCACACGUUACCUGUUCUCCGCCGCACACCAGCUGGAACAUUUGAACCAGGUCUGGCAGAGAUGGGAUAUCGCUUUCCUGCAGGUCAGCCAGACCACUCUCUGGUCAUUCAGAACCAAGGGGCCAUGGUAGGGCCGAUGGAGUCUGGGGCGGUGUACAUCACUCCCACAGACCUCAGCACGGGAAGCCGAACGGGGAGUCGCACGGGAAGCCGUGACGGGACUGCGCCCCAAAGUGGGGUAAGCACGUCAGAUGGAGGCACGCCGAGGACUAGUGACAGCCAGGAGAGAGGAGGAGGGACGGGAACCGCAAGCAACUGCACAGAGGGGAGCAUCGAGGACAAAGUGAACUACAGUCAAGAUGUGGAUUGGUACCACACCCAACCCCAGCCCCGAACUGAAACCACUCGUGCUCGCCUACGUUCCCUCCAGGUGCAGUCGGAGACAUUACCAAGGGAGCAUCACCUCGUCAUGACCCGAUCCGGCUCCAUGAUGGGCCAGGGACACGCAGUGGGAGGCUGGGUGUGCGACUCAGCUACCCUCCCCUUGGCGGGACGCAGGGCCUCCCGAGCGGGCCUGUCCCCAAAACGCGUAGGAUCAGGUCAGGCUGAAUCUGACUCCAAUGGAAGUGGGGGCACCUCCAGAGAUGGACAACAGCAUCCUGCCAAUGUACGGAACUACGCCACUGUCCUACAGGGGGAGGUAUCUGGACAGAGGGACUACCCCGGCAGCUUAGGGAGAGGAGGACUAGAGAUGGGGAGCAACUUUGUGGUGGCAAGGCCAGACAGGGAUGGCGGAGGAAUAUCAUCUGUCUACCCUGAAGCAGCUGGUUUUAUUGGGGACUGGCGUGAUCGGAUGGGUCUAGGGGGGUAUGUUUUAGGCAGGAGGGAUAUCACCCCCCAGCUUUUUCCCUUUCCAGGGCAGCCUCGGGGAGCAUACGGCGGAAUGAUGGGCUUUGGUGCCGGCUGGGUUCCAGGAAUGGAGGCUGCCAGAGGAGCUCCAGGUCCCUCCUUAGCACUGAGGGUGGGUGAGUUCCUUCGUCUGCGUCUUGCCCAGGUCACUUUUGACCCAUCGCAGCCACCGUACGACUCUGUGCAGGUGUACGGCCUGGAGGGCACAGGGUCCCGGGCUGGAUCCCUCAGCUCACUCGAAAGCGAAGGAGAGAAGGAUGCAGAGAAGGAGGAGUGGGGGGCAGGGCUUGAGGAGUGGGGACCCCAGUUCCAUAAUUUGGCUCAACUCUUUAAAGACAGGGAGAAAGAAAGGGAAGAGAAGGAAAAAGAUGAAGUGGGUGCCAAAACUGAGAAGGAAAAGGACGAGCCAGAGAAGAAAGAGAGAAAAGAGGAAGGGGAGCAGGCGGGAGAAGAGGGGAAAGACUGAGGAAACGAUAAAAAUGAAACAAAUAGGGACAAAGGGGUAAGAGAAAAAAGGAGGGGAUUGAAGGAUGAUGAAAAGGCAACCAGAGCUAGAAUAAUGCGAAGAGAAGUUAAAGGAGAGAAAGAUGAAGAGGCAAAGUAAUAAAAAGAGACAGAGAAAAAUGAGCCAAGGGAGGGUGGAGAGUGCGAGUGCAGGGGAGGGAGUGAUUGAUGUAAUUUAAAGCAAUAAGUGUUGAAACGUUGAUAUGGUUGAGCACAGAUACUGAGACAAUGCAGAGGCUGCUUCUGCUCAGGGCAGCAACAAUUUGUUAAACGCUUUGGACAAAGAAAAACAACCCAAACAUCCAAGACUCGAUUUAAUUCAACUUUCACGUAGACGGACUGAUAAUACAGCAAGAAACAAGAAGAGAGACGUUUUGUCGUUUUGUCGGUCCGCUCUUUGUGUCCGCAUGUGUGUUUGUGUGUGAGAAAAGUCUGUGAGGGAAUACGUAUGUGCGCGCAAAAGUGCAUAUAAGCACUUGUAUGUGUGAGUGUAUACUGUGCAUAUUUAACAAAGACAGAGAAAUAGAAGUAAUCAUUAUACCCAGAGACAAUUUAAACAUGUGUUAUGAGUUUUCAGGACAAUGUGCGAGAGUGAGCAGUAAAAAAGGAAGUUUAUAAAGUAGAAUAACACACAGGGGAUAAAAUAUGUAUUUGAAUAUAAAGUGUACGAGAUAGAGGAUGGAUGUAUAGAGAAAGAAAUGAUCGGGGAAAGUGAGACGAUUGUACAGAAACUUACUUUUUAUUCCAUCUGCAGUGUCAGAAAAGUGAAUUAUUCAGCUCACUACUUCAUUCCAAAUGAAAAUGAUGAAUCAUUUAAAUCCUGCAAAAGAUUCCCCCUCCUCUCAGCCCACAAGGAAAACAGACAUUGUGAAAAAUUUAAAUGAUUUAGGGAUGUGAUCCCCCCAAACCCCCACCCCUUCUCAUCCCUCCAGCUUUUUGAAGUCGAGUGUUGGUAUGUUUACAAAGAUGCACACACAAACACACACGCACAGACACAAAAGAACUGAUGAACACCAUAAGGCUUUGAUUGUACUACAGUAAAUUAUAAAAGAAAAACCAUCCACAAGUAUUCCAUCUACUAUAUGGAGUAAUGACGACUCUAUUAUUCAUCUCUUAAAUGUUUUUAUGGAAGAAGUCUCCUAUUUUUUAUGCGUCUCCCCACUGUAGUCUCACUCGACACGUCUUUAGGACAGUAUGCAUGACGUUUGAAAACAGCAAACCUUAAUAGGCAAUCAAUUUCAUUUUGAACACUUCCCAAAUGAAACUGUCCAUAGAGCUGUAAUGAUAUUAUAAGGGUACAACACCGCAGAGACUCCCGCGAAAGGCUUUUUGUUCUUGUUAAAGGUCAAGAUGCAAAUGAGCUGCAGUUUUCAGCUGGAAUGCACUUUUAUACUGUGUGAUGUUCAAUGAUAGAUAAUGAAUCAUGUCAGAGAUUACAGUUGUUUUAUAAGAUGUCAAUUAAACAAAAAAAUCUAAUGUUUGACUGUAUGUAAAAGCAUUUCAAAUGUAAAUACCACUGAAUAGUAUUGCAAAAAGAGAGUAUAUAAAAUGAAAAAUGAGUGAAAAAAAUCUAAAACAGAACCUGCCCAAAUGGAGCACUGUUGGGACUAUUUGUAUGUACUGUAGAUUAGAAAAUGGAUUAACAUGAGCUGGAUUUAAAAGCCUACUGGACUGAAAACAACACCAUGUAUUCUACACCUGUGUAAUAAGUGAACAGGUUUGUUUUGUGGUAGCGCUUGUCUGAGAUGGACAAGCCAGGCAUUAAAUUAUACAUGUGGCCUCUGGCAGAAGUUUGUUGUGCAAAAUAUUAGGAAGCCUCUACUAUCGAGGAUCCCAGUGGGAGGAAAAUCCGAUGGAGUGAGGAGAAAUUCCCCUCAUGGGCAUACAACAAAAAUUCUGUAUUUUCCAUAAAAUAUGAAUUAUUAUUCAGCAAAAGUAGAAUGAUACACUGAAAUGGAAUUUGUAAUGAGUUCUGUGAGUAUUGCAUUGCCUGAGAGAAGUGAAAAUAAGUUUUAUAGAUAGUUACUUAUCUCUUGAAAUAUAAUAAACUGUACAUUUAAGAGUAAGAUUUUUAAUAAAAGUACGGGAAAGUGACUAUCCAUCAAAUAUUCAUGCAUUUCAGGCAAUGCCACUCAAUCACCAUAUUAAUAUUGCAUUUUGCUUUGCUUUGACCACUGCAAAUGUCUAAAGUCAAGUAAAUUCUCAAAUUUUUGUGGAAUAAUAAGAGUCCGAUUUGUUUCAUAUUUUGAGUCCCGGGGGGGAUUUUGUCACAUACCCUAACCUGAAUGUUUCGCAGAAAUGUCACCAUUUGUAAGUGGUUCACUGUAAAGCCACCCACAUAAGUCAAGCUGCCAACUAUGCUAUUGUCCACCAGUUUGGUCCAACCAUAAUCUUGUUGUCUGCUUCUGUCAACACUUAGUUAAUCAAUCAGGAAGUCAGGCUACACACUGACCGAAAUAAAACCCAUACACACCUCUGUACCCUUUACCUGAGCCACAGACUUGUCCAUACAGUGCCACGGUGCAGACUGGAUGGAGCCAGGACCAAUGUACAAAUACUGCACAAUAACUGGAGAAGAGAGGGGGGUGCAGAACCUUGCGGGGGGGAUCUUUUGCUGAUCAACAAUACUCCAAUACCCCAAAGCUACCUAAGCCUUUCCUCAGCUUUGCAACACUUAUCCAAAGUGAUAAUUGGGCUAUUAGACACUCACAGCAAUAUAUUGUGUGCCAACAUUAAAGGAUAAUUACGGUUUGUUACAACUUGGGUCUUAUUUUCAUAGUUUUUUCCAUUAUUUCUAUCUGUGAUAUAACAUUAACGUUGUACUGAAACCCUCCGGUCAGCAAAAAUGAUUCUGAAGAGAACAGAGGGGAACGGUCAGUUUAUUACAAAAACUGUCUGUUGUAAAAAUCAAAGUUUACAGACCAACGUCCUGGUUUAAAUUUGACCUACUGUACUUGCCAUAGUUGGGUCUGCACACAGUGUUCCUAAAAUAAAAUAAGAGAUAAAAUAAGAUUAGCCUUUAUUGUCUCCCUCAGAAGAAAGUUGUCCUGGGCAUUCAAGAGAAUUCGCAAUGAGGGAUUAUUACAAACAUUUUCCCACCAUGACUGAGUCAUUUAAUGUGUUUGAAUCAUAUAUUACAAAAUGUGUGUAAAUGCAUCCAAGACUUGGACUGAAAUGAAAGUGUAUUACAUCUCAUCUGGAUUUUAUCUGGAUACUGAACUACUGACUAAUGUAAUGUGUUCUUUAUUCUCAGCAAUUAGUCAGGUGUGUAUCAUAACUGAUGGAAAUGAUAGUCAAAAUUACAAAAACAUAAACCAAGUUGUAAUAAACCUGAAUUAUCAGUCAAAUGUCAAACGAUUUACAAUGGACGGAAUCAAUUGAGUGUCUUGAAUGAUGAUUUUACUGGUACACCUAAAAUGACUGCCAAAGAACCUUGGACCAUUUUGUUAUGAGAAUGAGUAUCGUUAUAAAGUGCACUAAUGUGUUUCUCUUCCUUAGCUUUUAUGUGGAAUGUGCCAACUUUCUGAGUCUCUCUGUCUCUUAACACACACAAAAACUAUCCUCAUUUUCAUAACAGUAUUGCCAAUUCUGGGGCAGCCAUUGCAAAAGCAAUUAGCAUGGUAUACCAAUAAGUGACCUUUCUUACUUUCCAAUGAUAUGGUUUAUUCCACAGUCUUUGAUUGGCUCCAGGUGUUUCAUCUCUGCUGAUUGGUCUAAUUCAAAGCUUUACUCUGGCUGAUUGGUCAAAAUCAAAGUGAUGAUUCUCCUGAUUUGUCUUAUUUCAGAGUUCUGGAGUGCUGCGCCAACUAUACCACUUGAUGGAGCUGAUUAUCCCACCUUCUGAGCCCGGCAAAUUGUUUCAAUCAAAAACGUGAUUAGUUGAAUCAGUUGUUUUAAAUACAAUAAGAGCCUGCCGUCUCUGCAGCACUCCACAGCUCUUUUUUAUUUUUUUACUUUUUAAGCUAGCUCUGAUGCAGUGACUGACAAAAAUGGUCCUGUCAGGCCAUUUGUCAAGUCCUCUGUCCAAGAAAAGCUAUUUACCUAGGAUACUGCAGUCACACUCAAAGGAAGAGAGCUUCUUAGCAUUUAGAUAUGUUGAUAUAUAGCUUAAGGGUUCAGGUGAAGGACUAAAAUAGUUCUCUUGACCCCAAACGAGUAGACCCCAUCGGUUCUGUGCCCCCCGGGUGACGUCAUUGCUCCUGCACGAUGUUGAUACAAUUCCACAAUUGCGUGCUGAACAAAGUGUAUUUAUUUCUGUUGUACUUUUUCUUUUUGUAAAUUUGAAUAAAAAAGGAACUAUUUCAAAGAGA